AUGGAGACCGGCUGCGGCUCCCGAUCCCCGCUCCUGCUGCGCUUCGCCGUCCCCCGGAGCAGCGGGAGGAGCCGAGAGCCUUGGGGACGCUCCGAGGGGACAUCCCGCGGCGUUGGGGCUCCUCCCCGCAGCUACAGCACGGAUGACCACACGCUGCUGUGGCUGCUGAACCACAUCCGCCUGGGCAUCCCCGAGCUGAUCGUGCAGGUGCGGCACCACCGCCACACGCGCGUCUACGCCUUCUUCGUCACCGCCACCUACGAGAGUUUGCUGCGCGGGGCGGACGAGAUGGGGCUGCGCAAGCCGGUGAAGGCCGAGUUCGGGGGCGGCAUGCGCGGCUUCUCCUGCGAGGAGGAUUACAUCUACGAGAACAUCGAGAACGAGCUCGGCUUCUUCAGCUCCCAGGAGCGGCAGAGCAUCAUCCGCUACUGGCUGGAGAACCUGCGGGCCAAGCAGGGCGAGUCCCUGCACAACAUCCACUUCCUGGAGGGACAGCCCAUCAUCCCGGAGCUGGCGGCGCGGGGCGUGAUCCAGCAGCUCUUCCCGCUGCACGAGCAGAGGAUCCUCAAGCGCCUGAUGAAGUCCUGGGUGCAGGCGGUGUGCGAGGCGCAGCCGCUCGAUGACAUCUGUGACUAUUUUGGGGUGAAGAUCGCCAUGUACUUUGCCUGGCUGGGCUUCUACACCUCAGCCAUGGUGUACCCGGCCGUGUUCGGCUCCAUCCUCUACACCUUCACCGACAGCGACCAGACCAGCCAGGACAUCUCCUGCGUGGUCUUCGCCAUCUUCAACGUGGUCUGGGCCACGCUGUUCCUGGAGGAGUGGAAGCGCCGCGGCGCCGAGUUCGCCUACAAGUGGGGGACGCUGGACACGCCCGCGGAGUCCCUGGAGGAGCCCCGGCCCCAGUUCCGGCCCCUCCCUGUCCCGUCCCUGUCCCCACAGGAGUUCGUGCUCAGCGUUCAGGAGCUGCCGCGCGUCCUUCGCUUCCUGCCCAAAAUCAUCCUGGCCGUCAUUGUCACCGCCUGUGACGAGCUCUACAAGAAAGUGGCCUUGUGGCUCAAUGACAUGGAGAAUUAUCGGCUGCAGAGCGCCUACGAGAAACACCUGAUCAUCAAAAUCGUCCUGUUCCAGUUCGUCAAUUCCUACCUGAGCCUUUUCUACAUCGGAUUCUACCUCAAGGACAUGGAGCGCCUCAAGGAGCUCCUGCUCAUCCUGUCCCUGUCGCAGAGCCUCGCGCGGCAGCUCCGGGAGGCUCUGCUCCCCUCCAUCCUCCUCCACCUCCACCUCUCCCUCAUCUUCCUCAGGCGCCUCCUGCGCCUUUGCUGGACCCUGGCACUAUCCAAAACGCUGGCCACGCUGCUGAUCACGCGGCAGCUGCUGCAGAACGUGCGGGAGGUGUCGCAGCCGCACCUGUACCGGCGCCUCCGCCGCGCCCGGCUCGGCGAGCGCGGCGUGCGGCAGCUCGGCCGCGCCCUGCUCCGCCUGCUCGCCCCGCGGCCGGCCCCGCUCGGCCCGCCCGAGCCGCCCCGCGGCCGCAAGAAGUGUCUGAACGGCGGCUGCGGCGUGCCCGAGGAGGACGAGGACGAGGAGGAGCAGCGGGAGCGGCGCGGCUCGGACGCCGAGGAGGAGGAGGGCGCGCUGGACUGCGGGCUGAAGCUGCGGAGGGUGAGCUUCGUGGAGCGCGGCGAGCGGCGAGCGGAGCCCGCCGGCCCCGAGGACGAGCCCUUCCUGGAGGAGGGCAGCCCCACCAUGGUGGAGAAGGGCAUGGACCCCGCGGCCGUGUUCGAGCUCUGCGAGGAGGAGGAGGAGGCCGAAGCGCAGCCCGGCAGCCCCGGCAGGGCGGCGGAGCCGGCGGUGCCGGCGAGGAGGAGGAGGAGGGAGGAGGAGGAGGGCGACGAGGAAGGGAGGAAGCGCAACCGCGCCUCGUGGAUUGACCCCCCCGAGGAGGAUUACUCCACGCAGCUGACGCAGGCCGAGGUGGAGAGCUGCAUGAAGAAGUACGAGGACACCUUCCAGGACUACCAGGAGAUGUUCAUCCAGUUCGGCUACGUGGUGCUCUUCUCCUCGGCCUUCCCGCUGGCGGCCGCCUGCGCGCUGCUCAACAACGUCAUCGAGAUCCGCAGCGACGCCUUCAAGCUCUGCAGCGGCCUGCAGAGACCCUUCGGCCAGCGCGUGGCCAGCAUCGGCCAGUGGCAGGCGGUGAUGGAGGCCAUGGGCGUGCUGGCCAUCGUGGUGAACUGCUACCUGCUGGCGCAGUGCGGGCAGCUGCGGCGCCUCUGCCCCUGGCUCAGCCCCGAGGGCGCCAUCGUCUCCGUGGUGGUGCUGGAGCACUUCGCCCUGCUCCUCAAGUACGUCAUCCAGGUGGCCAUUCCCGACAUCCCCGCCUGGGUGGCCGAGGAGAUGGCCAAGCUGGAGUACCAGCGCCGCGAGGCCUUCAAGAAGCACGAGCGGCAGGCCCAGCACCACUUCCAGCAGCAGCAGCGCCGGCGGCGCGAGGAGGAGGAGCGGCAGCGCCAGGCCGAGCUCCAGGCGCGCCGCGAGCGCGACGAGGCCGCCCGGGCCGAGGCCGCGCCACCGGACCCGGGGCACGACAAGGGCCAGCCCAAGGGCAAAAGCUCCGGCGGCUCCUCCGCGCACGGCCCCGACAAGCCCAAGCGGCCGAGCUCGCUGCUGGCCACCAACAACGUGCUGAAGCUGAAGCAGAUCAUCCCGCUGCAGGGCCGCUUCCUGGCCGGCCCCGCCGCCGCCGGCCCCGCCGCCCGCUCGCCGCAGUCGCCCACGGGCGCCGAGAACAAGCUGCCGGCCUUCCUCAAGUUCCUGAAGCCGCCCGAGGCGCGGCGGGACGCGGGCACCGAGCGGGCGCAGUCGCCCACCAAGCCCUUCAACCCCGGCAAGCUCUUCAACUUCGGCAAGUCCGAAGCGCUCGGCGGCAACGGCGCCGCGGCCCCGCAGCCCCGCGCGGACGCGGCGCCCGGGAAGGCGCAUCUCAACGAGGAGGCGCCGCGGGAGGAAGCGGAGAACCGGCCCGAGGAGGAGGGCGGCGGGGCCCGGCUCUGA